AUGCAGACGGAGACAGAGAAUUAUGAAAUGCUUAAAGGCUCAUUUGUGCUAGCUGGAAUUGUGCUAGCUCUGCCAGUACGAAGUUGUACUUUUGGUGACGGAGAAAAAAAAAUAGACAGAAACAAAAACAGUGCGGGAUUUUCUCUUACUGUUAUCAGUCCUCUUGGUGAAUCAAGGAUAAAUGAUCUUGAUAUACCCGUAGACUUUGAGUGCAAUACUGAAGUCACUUUGUUAUGUGAAAUUAAACCAUAUAUAGACUCAAUGAGUUGGCAAAUUCAUGGGGAAACGUACGCACUAUGCAUUUACAAUAACUGUGUCACCUACCCGCCCUUUCCAGAAAACCACAUUUUUACUAUGGAUGUGGCAAGCGGGGUUUUCAGUUUAACUGUGGAUCCGGUUACCAAUUCAACGAACUACAAUAUUUACAAAUGCGAUGAUGGCAUUACUGCAAGAUCAGUGGAAGCUCAAGUGAAAGAUGUGAAGGAUUGCCAUAUCUACAUCAUUAUCAUCAUAAUUUUGGCAGUGCGUUUCCAAUCUCUUAAAACCUUGAUCUCUGGGUACAGCCUGUACAAAACGUUUUCAAAAGACGGACAUCAAAGGAAAGUGAGUGAACAGAACUAAUACAGAGAGCUUACAAGUGAAGUGGUCUUUACUACAGAUGGUCAGUAAAUAAUACUGUUACUCUGGAUUCUCAGACUAGAAAUACUGAUUGCAGUCACAUAGACAUUAAAGAGUAAAAUUUCCUUGAAGUUAGCUAUUUAGUAGACAGUACAAUAAAAUAAGCGAAUAUAGUAUCCUGCGUGGGCGCAUUCCAAUUUUCUAUAUGAGAUGGAUUUUGUGUUUAAAAACAAAUGAAACGCAGCAAAUUAUCCUGAAAUAAGUGUUGUUAAAAAAU